AUCGUUUUGUCGUUCCCCGUCCGAUUCCGAUUCGAAUCGGAACCGUGCGCGCAUCAUCGUCUCGUUUUGACUUCUACGAUCGCACUUUCAACUUUCAAUAAGAGAAAACCUCGGGGAAGAAUGGACGCGAGGAAAAGCGCCUGAGCGCCAUGGGAAAGCGACUCAAUAACGUCCUGCUGUUGCCGCUGCUGCUGCUGCUGCCGGUUUUCCUGCGGGCUACCGAUUCCUACGAGGACCUCGACGAGGGAAGCUUUUGCGAGAACGACGGUUCACCGGGAAUAUGCAAGAACGUCAGAUCCUGCCCGGUGGCCAUCGAGUCCCUGAAACGCCAUCGCUCGCACCAUUUGAAGCGGUGCAUUUUCCACGAUUUCGACGAAAUCGUCUGUUGCCCCUCUACAAAGGAAAGAGGCACCGACGUCGACGUCGCGGCGCCCGAUUAUUUCACUGACAGGCCCACCAAACGGCCCGUCACCAUCAAAAGACGCUUCCAAGAGGCUUGUGAUAGAAUACAAAACGAAGCUGGCUCGAAUAUUAUAUUCCUUAUAACUGAUGGUGAAGAUGCUCUCGAUAAAGAAUUCCCUCAUAUGGCCGCCCUGGGCUACGAAACGGACAGCGACAGCGCCGUCCAGGACUGGAGCGCCGGCCUGGACUGGAGCUGCGGCGCCUCCAUCAUCUCCGAGAAGUUCCUGCUGACGGCGGCGCACUGCGUGGCGCGCUCGAAGCCGGUGAAGGCGCGCGUCGGCGUCACCCUCCUCAACGACACCAACCCCGUGGACAUCGACAUCCGGACGAUUCGGUCCUACGAGAACUACGAUCCGAUGGACAAGCAGGGCGACAUCGCGCUGGUCGAGCUGGCCAGCAACAUCAAUUUCAACAAUCGCACCAAGCCGGCCUGCUUGUAUUCGGAGAACAAGGACCCGCUGGGGUUGAUCGUCACCGGAUGGGGGAAGACUUCUAUCAAUUCCGAAGAUGAUAGGAGUGUGGUCUUGCAAAAGGCGAAGUUAGUUCCUGUGCCUAGAGCUCAAUGUAACGCUACUUAUUUUAAAACAUCGCUAGGAUUAAAGUCGAUUCGAGAUACUCAGAUAUGCGCUUGGGGUAAUAGAAGCGAUGCCUGUUGGGGCGAUUCCGGCGGGCCGUUGCAAAUCAAAGAGAAAUCGGGAGCGUAUUCCAUUGUCGGUGUUGUUUCCUACGGGUCCGGUUGCGGUGGAAAGAUUCCUGGUGUUUAUACGAGGAUUUCUAAAUAUAUAGACUGGAUUGAAGAUAUAGUUUGGCCAUAUUAAUUAAUUUAUAAGUUUAUAUAUAGACAAUUAUAUUUUUUAUCUUACGA